UUUACAUUUUAAAUGUUUUGAAUACUGUUUACUAGAUGUACUUCAUCGGCAUCAUCCUACAGCUGUAAACACAACUCUUUGCAAGUCAGUGUCAUCAGCCACAGGAAGUUAGGGGUCUAUAUGGGCGUCACAGCUGGUGGCUCUGCAGAUGAAUAGGUUUAAGAUGCGGUUUAAAGAUCACAUCUAUUUGAUUAUGGUCAGCCCAGGAGGAAGUGUGUAAUAUUCAUAGACAGACGAGUAUCUUAUAUUUAUGUCUACACCUGUGAGAGUUGUUACAAAUGUUGCUCUGACAUCACAGUACACUCUAAGAGACACAGGCAAUGAAGCAAAUCCUCCGAAGUUUUAAUGGUAGAUUUUGGGAUUUUUUUUAAGUUGCAGUCAGGCGUGAGUCAUUAAACGGUGAUCUGAAAGUCAGCCUAAAGGGCAGGAAAUUCCACCAAUAUCUCUAGAUUUCCUCACUUUUACAAGCUUUCCUUCAAGCCUUGUUUUUAACAUUUAGUUCUAUCUCUGUUAAGUAUUGGUUUCUCAGACUUAUCAUGAUGGUGUGGAAGAUUGUGCCAGUCAUGAUAUGAAAAGAAGAAAAACAUACAAGUCGUCUUUCUUUGCUUCUCCAGGAUUUGAUCUGUCCAUUUCAACUCUCUUGAAGGUUAUUUUUCUCAGCAUUUCAAGAACAAGGAUAAACAACAUGAGCGAACCAGAGAAUGAAUCGUAUUUUUACAACUACCAGUAUGAUUAUAACUCCACCAGCUGUGAUCAGGACUCCAGUCCAGAGUUGUCUGCCAGAGCCAUGCUGAUCCUUUGCUAUGUGCUGUUUUGCCUGGGUCUGCUAGGUAACAGCACUGUUAUCUGGGUUCUUCUGAGAUAUAUAAAGCUGAAGAGUAUGACGGAUGUGUGCCUCCUCAGCCUCUCUUUUUCUGACCUCAUACUGGCUGUUUCCCUGCCACACUGGGCUUACAACUCCCAGAGCCUCACAUCAUGCAAAAUGAUGACAGGAAUCUAUCAGCUGGGUUUCUACAGUGGCACUUUGUUUGUGACUCUCAUGAGCGUGGAUCGCUACCUAGCCAUCGUCCACGCAGUUGCAGCCAUGCGAGCCCGAACGCUUCGCUUCGGUAUCACAGCCAGCAUCGUCAUCUGGAUAAUCUCCAUCGUCAUGGCCAUCCCUCAGGUGGUGUUCGCCUCCUUGGAGACGGAUGAAGAGAACCGCUCUCAGUGCCAGCCACUGUAUCCAGAAGACUGGCAGUUUUUCUGGAAGAUGCAGAGAAACUGGAGUGAGAACUUGGUCGGGCUCUUUCUUUGCCUCCCCAUCAUGAUCUUCUGCUACAUGAAAAUUCUCCUUGUUCUAUCCAAGGCCAGGAACUCCAAAAAGGAGAAAGCUGUGAGGCUGAUCUUUGCCAUAGUGUGUCUGUUUGUGGUAUGCUGGGUCCCUUACAAUGUCACAGUUUUCCUUCAGACGCUGGAGCUGCUCAAAGUUCUAAACACCUGCAAGGCCUCGACAGCUAUCAGCAGCGCCAUGGGUUUUGCUGAGAUCAUUGCGCUGUGUCACUGCUGUGUCAACCCAAUCAUCUAUGCCUUUGUAGGGGAGAAGUUUAGAAAGUCCCUGUGCACCAUGCUAACAAGGUGCCUGGGGUUGAGGCAAUGGAGAGGAAUGACUCCCAGCACCAAAGACACCACAGAGAAAGAGACAUCAAACACACCUGUGAGGUCAGAGUAUUAGUGAUGACAAACACCUGGCUGGCCUUGGGUUGUUGCAUGUAAAUAUGAUUAUGUUGCCUUUGUUGUUCAUUAAAGAGAUACAAAGAUAGUCAAAUGUUGGCAUGUGUAUGGUGCAUGUUACAGUGUCAUUUUGCAGAUGCUUUUGUCCAAAGCGACAAACAUCUGAGACAUAGACAGGUGAUCAUGGUGUAAAGGAUCUUGCCCAAGGGCCCACACUGGAUACUGAUAUUGCACAGACCAGGUUUUGCACUUCAAACGCCUGCAUCGCAGUCAGCAUUGAAAAUGAGUUACCCAGCCUGGAUGGCAUGUGGUUUGUCCUUCUAAGAGCUCUGAACCUCAAGAGUGUCAGUUUUUUGAAGGGAUGUUGUAUUUUGAUACCAAAGAGAUUUAUAUGAAAAAUAUAUUAACGCUUUGUCAAUCAUUGUAGAUUUUAUCUUAUAAAGUUGUCAUGUGUGGUCUGUUUGUUAUUUGAAAGUGUUUUAUUCUAGUUUAUUGUGUUUUCUGUCUUCUUCAUGGUUUCUUUGUAAUUCUUUCUAAAUUCAGGUCUUGUGUUUUUCCUGUUUUAUUAUUCACUCUCUGCAGUGGUCAGUGUCUUGACUUUGACAGUCUUGAUUUAGAUUUAAAGUGUUUUAACCACAGCCCUAAGUUUACUUUGUGUACCCCACUGAAUUCGACUUUUUCUUCCCUUGUGUUUCUGACUCCCUGUGUUUAUUGUCUUAUGGUCAUGUUUUGAUUUUGAAUUGUCUCCUGUUUUAUUUUGUUAUUUCUCAGUCCUUGUGUUUCUUUUCGUUUCAUACCAACUUUGUGAUUGUAAAUUAUUGGAUGUUAUUUCUGCCAUUCAGUGGACUUUUGAGAGCUUUAAUAUGUUCAAAAAUGUAUAAAACUUUGCAGGUACAUUACGCCAAGGCCACCCAUAACAGAGUAUAGAAGGGAGAGUUUCCAAACUGGGGUCCCAUGGAAGUCAGCAAAAUCAUGGUCUAUUGUAAAAGUUAAGCUGUGGUAACCAUAUUUUAUUUUCAGUCCAAAAAAUAACCACUCUUAUUCUUAAGAGUAAAAAUGAAUUUAAUUUUUUGGGCUGUAGUACAAUAUAGAUUUUUUUUCAAAAGGUAUCCCCCUCUUUAGAAUAGCAUCAAAUAGAGAUAAAAACAAUAGAAAUAGAAGUUUUUCAUGGGUGAUGUUAACAAAGUGUAUGGGCACAAAUGCCAGACUUUAGAGCUAAGCCUUGGUGCAGAAUCAUCGUUAUGCCAGAAAAUGAAGACACUGAGACAAGUUAAAUUAAAAAAAGGAUAAUUGUGAAAAGAAAGCUAAAGUGUGAAAAAAUGGGUUAAAAGCAGCAAAAAAAGAGAUGGGGAAAAGGGUAAAAACAACAGAUGGAUUUAAAGUGGCACAAAUUGGUUAAAAGACGUGGAAAUUGAUCUUCAGUGGCAAAAAAUGGGUAAAAUGAAGCAAAAGGGGAUUAAGAAUGACAAUGGGAGGUGGAGAAAAUAGUUUAAAGCAACAAAAAUGGAUUUAAAUGAGCAAAAUGUAGAUAAAUUGGGUGAAAAUCAACACAAAUGGGCUAGAAGUCGAAGAAAAAAGUGGCAAAAUUGAU